AUGCCUUCGUUUGCCGCUUCUCUCUUCGCCGCCGGCCUGGCGACUUUGGCCCACGCAUACACCGCGCCAGGUGCACAAACUUGGGGUCCUUUGCUCACCCCAGAUACGACAGACGCUGUUACUCAAGGCAAAGAAUUCACCGUGACCUGGGAUCCUGAAGACCACCCGACCGACGGCGUCACGGUCAGUCUCGUGCUCUGCCACGGACCCAGCACCAACUGCGUGCUCUCAGACACGGCCAUCGCGUCAGGGAUCCCCGCGGCACAAAAGUCCUUCGACUGGCAGGUCCCUUGCGACUUGGCCCCUGGCACUGCAAGCACUGACACCGGCUAUGGAAUGUUGAUCAUUGUCGACGGCACCGGAGAGUUCCAAUAUUCGACCCAAUUCUCCGUCCUCGAGAACCAGAGCUGCUCCAGCUCCAGCUCCAGUUCCAGCUCCUCUGGUUCCGGCUCAUCGUCUCCGAUUGUUUCCAUCUCCGCCUCCGCCACCAGCAGCGGCAGCGGCAGCGGCACCUCCAUCAUCAUAGGCCCUCCGGCGUACCAGACCGGCUCCUCGUACACGUGGGGCGCGUCAGGCAACUCGACGCGGGCCACCACCGCAACGGGCACCAGCUGGGCCAGCGGCGCCUCCGCGACCGCCACCUCCGUGGUGACCAGCUACAGCAGCGGCUACUACAGCAGUCUCCCAGGGACAACCGUCAUCGGCAGUGCAAGCACCCUGACCACCGAGGCCGCCGGCUCCGGCACGACGACUGCCGCCGCGCAGAGCUCGGGAGCCGCCUCCGCCCCGGCCGCCAGCGCAUCCACCUUCGCCGGCGGUGCCGCACCGGGUCAGGUCGGCUACAGCGCCGCGGGUCUGGUCAUUGCCGGUGCUGUUGCUGUGCUCGCGCUGUAA